CUUACUGUGUGCCAAAUACUAUGGAAUCUUAACAUGGAUAAUUUCAGUUAACUUCACAAAUUAUCCCCACUUUACAGAUUAGGAACUUGAAGUUUAAGACACCCAGUAACUUGCCUACAUAACUUGUUAAAGCAUUACCUGAGGGAGCCAAGAUGGAAGCACAGAAACCAUAUACUACAUAAGGUAUACUGCUAGCAACUUAAAUCAACACCACUAGGCUCAUGGUCAUUGACUCAUUACUGGUGACACUGAUGUCCACUGAGUAGCUCUUCCUACUCCAGGCACGCAGCAGCAGAUUCCGACUGCUGGCUGAGAGGAACGCCAGCCCUUUGGAUUGUGGAGGAACAUGGCAGGCAUCUCAAUGUUGUCACCUGCCCCUGGAAGUCACCAUGACAACGUGCUUGGAGUCUUUCUUGGUGCACUCCGGCCUGGUGUUAAGUGCAAGCUUCUUUACUCCUUAUGGAUCCCCAAAAACCAAACCUUCAAUGACAGUGCCUGUUGGUAACUGGCUUCCUGUAAUGUACCUGGAGAGCAGGCUCCACCUAAGUCUUAAAGAUAAACCCUUGUGAUGGAUUUGUAAGUUGUUGGCUAAAGGUCUAAACUCAAAUCUAGUUGUACCUCCUCAGUAAAGCCUUUUCUGGCCCCCCCACCAAGUCUAAGUUAUUUCUUUCCAGUCCCCAAUUCCUUGGUACUCUAUCUGUAAGUCCUUUUCUGUUAAUUUCCUACUCAGGACUGAAGAGGAAAGUUGCUAUUAAACAUGGCAAGCAUUCAAAUAAAAAAACUUCAAAUAACUGCAUCAAAAUGCCAGUUCAUGUAAUUUUUAGAUCCAAUGAGAAAAAUCCCGUUUUCCUGGAAAAGGCUACUGAUAUUUAAGAAUGCAGCUGGCUCCUGAUCUUAUUUCCCCCUGGUAAAGGGAACAAUAACGGCUUGCGAAAGCUAUGGGAAAGGGCGCGUGUGUGUUCUGCUUCUGCUUUUCCCAGAUGUCAGUUACUAAAGGUUUAAGGCACAAAUCCUAUGCCGACUGUUCCUCAGUGGCAGUCCCCAUUCAAAGAGGCAUUGGGAAGGCUGCUGGGACAGCUCACACGGGGACAUCCUGUGCAUCUGUGCGCAUUUAAUUCAGAUACCGACCUCAUUUUAUAGCAACCCUAACAUGUCAUUCUAAUGUAUUGGUAAAGAUGAGAAAAUGGGAUGUGAGUUUUAUCUAGAUUCACGGGCAUGGAUAGUAUCAGCAAGAUUUGCGGGGCCCUGCAGAGGGCUAGCAAUGCUUAUUAAAUAACUGCCGUAGGUGCUGUAUCAUAAAUGAGAAGCCAAGGGUGUCCGUUAAAGUCUGCAGGUGGAUUCUCAUCUGGGGAGCGCAGGCUACUGGGCAGUGAUUGAAGUGUCCAGCAGGGGGCUGGCAUUCUCUGUCUGUACUUAGCCCUGGUUCCUCUUCAGAGCCUCAGCUCAGCAGAGCUGCUGUUUGCUGGUUAAGUCAGUGACGUGCACAGCAUCCUGCCUAUAGGAUUUGAGGCUUUCUCUGUGCAGUUUUUUUUCUACCCACUUUAAACCUUCAGGUUCUAAAUAUCAGGAAAGAUAGGAAAUGCCGUAUGAAAAUAGCCGGCCAAAAGUUCUUUGUAAACUGCAGCCAGGGAGACUCAGACUAGAAUGGAGGUAGAAAGGGUUGGUACAGAGUGGGUUUAAUUCUGAGCCCUUUCUGGCCGAAUUUUUGUUGUUGUUCUGUCGUUAACUUACUGAAUAGAGACAUGUAGUACAUUGGUCAAGUGAAGACCACGGCAGCACCAGCGUCAAAAUAGUGCCAGACAGUUCUGAAUGCUAUAGUGUAUAUGUACUCUAUUUUUAUUAAAGAAGAUAAAGAGCCCAGCAUAGAUUUUUAUCCUCAUCUUCACCCAACUGCAAAAUCAAAGUUAAGCAACAGCAUCUAAGAGCACUUUUCAGGUGGGAAAGAAUCUAGAGGAUGGCUCUAAGUGAUUGUUUGCUUUUGAACUUGGAAGUGGACCACUUCUUGCACUGCAACAUCUCCAGUCACAGUGCAGAUGUCCCCAUGAACGACGACUGGUUCCACCCGGGGAUCCUGUAUGUCAUCCCUGCAAUCUAUGGGGUCAUCAUUCUGAUAGGCCUCAUCGGCAACAUCACGCUGAUCAAGAUCUUCUGUACUGUGAAGGCCAUGCGAAAUGUGCCGAACCUGUUCAUCUCCAGUCUGGCGUUGGGAGAUCUGCUCCUCUUGGUAACAUGUGCUCCCGUGGAUGCCAGCAGGUACCUGGCCGACAGAUGGCUGUUUGGCAGGAUUGGCUGCAAGCUGAUCCCCUUUAUACAGCUCACCUCGGUGGGGGUGUCUGUCUUCACCCUCACGGCUCUCUCGGCGGACAGGUACAAAGCCAUCGUCCGGCCGAUGGAUAUCCAGGCCUCUCAUGCUCUGAUGAAGAUCUGCCUCAAAGCUGCAUUGAUCUGGGUUAUCUCCAUGCUUCUGGCAAUCCCGGAGGCUGUGUUUUCUGAUCUACAUCCCUUUCAUGAGGAAAGCACCAACCAGACCUUCAUUAGCUGUGCUCCGUACCCACAUUCUAAUGAGCUGCACCCCAAAAUUCACUCCAUGGCUUCCUUCCUGGUCUUCUACAUCAUCCCACUGUCGAUUAUCUCUGUCUACUACUACUUCAUUGCUAAAAAUCUGAUCCAGAGCGCUUACAAUCUGCCUGUGGAAGGGAAUAUACAUGUCAAGAAGCAGAUCGAAUCCCGGAAGCGCCUCGCCAAGACAGUGCUGGUGUUUGUGGGCCUCUUUGCCUUCUGCUGGCUCCCCAACCACAUCAUCUACCUGUACCGCUCCUACCACUACUCAGAGGUGGACACCUCCAUGCUCCACUUCAUCACCAGCAUCUGUGCCCGCCUCCUGGCCUUCACCAACUCCUGUGUGAACCCUUUUGCCCUCUACCUGCUGAGCAAGAGUUUCAGGAAACAAUUCAACACCCAGCUCCUCUGUUGCCGCCCUGGCCUGUUGACCCGCUCUCACAGCACCGGCAGAAGUACCACCUGCAUGACCUCCUUCAAGAGUACCAACCCCUCUGUGGCCACCUUCAGCCUCAUCAACGGAAACAUCUGUCAUGAAGGGUAUGUUUAGGCUGAUCCUUGACCCUGUCCUCCUAGGGGCCCCUAGUUAUGCUUUAUGGCUAGGAAAGAACCCUCACACCUGUUGUUGUCUCUGUACCCUCCAAAGACCCUUUGGAAGGCUCAUGACUGGUAUAGGCAGGUUGCAGAGAGGCCCAAAUGGAUUGCUCUUACGUUUGAAAGGCCCGUCUAGAUUUGUAUUUUCCAUUUCAACUUGUGAAUGAUUCUUCUGAUGUAGAGCAAACUUUCCGUAUUUUAGAAAAGGGAACAAAUAAGAAAGUAUUAUUUUAAGCAUCAAGCCCUGAUAUACAGUUAUGGCCAAUUAAGUCACAGAAACUACAUGAACAAAUAGAUUUAUACAGCAGAAAAAUUACACAUUAAAUGUCCACUUUGUGAAAGACUUCACCUUGUCAUUUCUUUAAGCAGAAACUAGUGCUUUAAAAAUAUGAUUUGAGUGAUUUUUCAGGAACGUUUAUGAUCACAAACCAAGGAACUGUUUUUUUUACACUUGUAACCUGAAAGUCAACCCUAUGAAAAAUUCCCAUGUAUGAUGGACCAUCCCCAAAUUGAUAACACUGGAAGCCAGUUUAGGACGAAUCCCUGAGUGUUGAUUAUUUUUAAAAGAUGUUACUGGGGACACAGGAGAAACACUCGACACAUCAUUUUAAGGCAAAACCACAGCCAGACACAUAGACACGUAUACAAAGAUCCACGUGAGGCUGUGAAUUGGUAUCUCGUGCUCUGAAUUCUAACUCAAUGGAGAUUCUUUUUGCUGUUACCCCAUUUCAAUCAUCCAUGGUACACUCCUACCAUAGAAGAGAAAUCCUUUUGGGGGAAAACUGAUCUUGCUCGCAAUUCAUCAUUUAUAAGUGCAUAACAUAUAGUAUUUAUUUUUGGUAUACAGGUUUUCAGCCAAACAUAUUUACUUAGAUUUGGCUCUUUGCUCCAGUGAAGCAGUUAGUUCAUAUGAAAGAAAAAAAAAAAAAAAGAUCACACCUGAGUGGAAAGAGAAACAUGUUUACAUUUAACAUAUGCUUACCUAAAGUCUGUGAGAGGAAAUGAAUAAAAUUUCAGUAAUAUAUAUUUGUUUGAAUAUGCAUAAAUAAUUUGCAGGGGGCUUAGCGUUAAGAAUGGAUUAUAAAACAGCCACAGGUUCAUUAACUUUCUAUGUAAGAGGAGUAUUUAUGAAACAGCCCGCGUGCAGAAAAGAACUGGACUGAAAUAUUUUUAUUUUCCUGAGUAAAGAGACUUGACUAUCCUACUUUAGAAGCCCUGAAUCAAGUUUUUCUUGACUCUAUGAUAGGCCAAUUCUGCUGGACUGCAAACAUGUUAACUCACUUUCAGAUAAAUCCAAAUUCUGCAAAUGUGCCGUAAUAUGUAUCCCUUACAUCUGAAGACGAUUUUCAUUCCGGUUUUCUCUGUCCAAGCGAGAAAGAACCGUUGGCUCUCUUUCCCACACGGCAUGUACUGAAAGAUUUUCAUCUCUUGUUACAAGGAAGUGCUCACCGUCUGCAGAGCUUGAGAAGUUAGGACCCAGACAGUUGUGAACAUCUGUGUUUACAGUUGUAUUAGCUGGAGUGAGACCUCUUCACUUCCUUCCGUGAGCCACAUGCCCUUCUGUACUGUUCCCACCUGCUCUCCUGGGAGCCCAUAAUGACACUGGACAGUUUGAAGAGCAAGUGUAGCAGAAAGAACGAAGAUUUUUAGUCGGUCAUCCCAGCUUAGUCUCUAGCUAUGUAAGCUUGGCUAUCAACCUUUCUCUAGACUCAUUUUCUCAUCUCUAGAAUGAGAGGACAGUGCUAAGAUCCCUCUCUUGCUGAAAUCCUCUGAGUCCUGUCAUUGCUUCCAGUUUGGUUUCUAAAGCAUUUGUACAGCCAGCCUGCUCACAGGUGCCCCACUUCUGUUACCUUUGUAACAACUCGUCUGGGGAAGUCCUUCAACCAACAUCCUACACUCAUGUUCAUGUUAGUGGAAUGGAAGGAGACAGACUAGUCUAUUGCUUUCAGGGGCUCCCUGGAAUAAUUCGUAUGAAUGGUGUCCCAUUAGCUUGUUAUGCUGUGGGAUUAAAGCUGAAAAACACAUAAGAAAACAUAUUGCUCAAUCUCCUCAUUAUACGAAGGGUACUUUCCCUACUCACCUCUGACCUCCAUGCACCUGUUAUCUCCAACUACUGCUCCACAACUUUACCCUUGGGUUUCUUCAAAACUCUUAAGUAUAAGUGACUUCGUACCUCGUUAGGGGCUACAUUGUGUAGCAUUCUGGGUACUUGUGUGAACUGUUCAAGCAUCUCUGAACUACCUGCCUUCAAAGACAUUUUGGGAGUAGGACUCAUCUUAAUGUCUCCUUCAGGUAACAUCAUGGCAUGGAUUUCAGGAGACUGAAAUCUAGGUCCAGCUGUGUGUCCUGAGGCAAAUCUUGUCACCUCUUUGAGACUUCUAAACAGAAGGGCUGUAGAAGGCGUGUGCCAGCCAACGGCCCAGGACUGGUAAAACUGGGAAUCAAUGGAUGGACGGACGCGAACCUGCUUAUUGGGACGGACUUACCCGGGCCCUUCUCCAGGGAAGCCAACUUCUUCUUCCACCUCAAGACCCUAAAAUUCCGGUGAGAGAGACCCAAGCCCCCAUGUGGUAUCACCUCUCUGCUAGGGCAGAGUGUGGCAGGGGCUGGAGCUAAGACAUUUCACGCCUGGCUUCCAAAGAUAAUCACGUUUAGCGCUUAUGUCUUUGGUGAGGGGGGAAAAAAUCAAUUUUUUCUGUGGAAAACCAUCUGUGUUUAUUCAAUUGACAGACACUACCUUUCAAUCUAUCUUAAAUUGAGCCUCCCUGAGGCAGGCAGCUCAACAGUGAUAGAUUAAGCAAUAAACAAGGCAGCCUGCCCACCAUCGGCCGCCGCUGGCAGGGAGGGCGCAGCUGCUGUUAGGAGCGAUAUUCCACAGCAAGAUGAUCCUCCCUGCUUGGCGCAGGCGAGGCCCCUCCCUGUCGGUGAUGAUUCCCCAUAAGUGUGGAUGGCUAAACCCCUUCUUCUGGCUGCCCUCACCACCCGGCCCCCCCACUGACCCUGGCCUUCUGCCUCAUUAACAAGCCCUCUUGUUUCCCUCUUUGCCACACAAACAAUUUGGUUUCAUCUUGAAGAAUGGAGAAGUGGGGAAGGAUGGUAAAUAAACAGUUUAGAGGCUGCUUCAGAUGAACCCGAGCUCAGCUUGUUAUGAAAAGCCUCACUGAACAGAAAUAAAUGAACUUGUCCAAAGGACACGUGCACAUUGAAGUUGUAAAGUCUUUGUUUAUGCCAAAAGUAGCAGUUGGUUGUUGGUUUCAGAGUCAAUGCAUGUACCAAAUGUCUUCUGGUAAGAGAGAUGAGCUUUGCUUGGGAACUAUGAGUUGAAUGACAUCCUCAACCUGUGGACUAAAAGGUGGCUAAGUCACCUUCCUGAAAGCUAGAUAGGAAUGAUCGCCCUGGAAACCUGACCACGUGAGAAGUGAGUGAAUAGUACACACUUCUGUGGAGGUGAGAUGCGAGAGAGGCCGACUUUCUGGACAUUUCCGCCCUUCACAUCCAGGCCCCGAAGCAGCUGUUAGAGAGUGCCAUCGCUAACCCUGGCUUGCUGGGAGGAAUGGGGCACAUUUUGCACAUUUGUCUAAUGUUUGGCUGCGUUUUCAUAAAAUAGAUGAACAGCUGAAAACAAGACAUUAUUCUAUUCACUCUCCUGGGUCCAGGCUUUGUGUGAGCUAUUCAAAGAAACCAAGCCCUAGUUUAUCCUGUAUGUGAUGGUCAUUCCUCUCAGCACCCACCUUGACAAACCUCUGGCAGCCCUCCACCCCAACACAAACACAACAACUUUAAUAUCCAGCAACCUCUUACCAUAAUUUUGGCCUUCAAAGACACCCUUCCUUUAGGUAGGGGCCAAGCGUGAACUCCAGCUCAAUAUAUCCAGAGCAAUCAACAAAUCACAGACUGAAAACAGACUUUUCUUUUGUGAGACCACGUUAGAAAUGCACUCAGUGGAAUUUAUCUAACUUUUUAAAAAGUUUAACAGCCCCUGGGUUCAAAUAUUAUGUGUCCAUGAUUAAUUUAAAAAAAUAAUUUGCAUUUACCUAAUGUUGGUGGUCUAUAAAGCAUUUUUAUACUCACUGCCUCGUCUAAUCUCAGCCGUCCCUGCUGGCCAAAGAGCUGCUUAGCCUCCUUUACUAUGGAAAUUAGUAAAUGACAUUUAUUGGUGACCAUGUGCGAUUAAAUUAAAAGACCCAUGGAACUAUGAAGCUGAAGCAUGAAACUACAGCUAUUGGACCAUACUUGACCUACAAAAAGGUGAUUUCAUAUGGUUCAGUGAACUCUGAUUUCAUUUAUACUCCUGGACGUUCCCAGUUUACGGGAUAGUCUGUGCCUGCAAAGUGAGUCUGUUUAACUUGGCCCAAGGCAGGGAAUGAUGCCAUUGUUGGUUGCACCAGGGAGGCAUAUUAGCCAGAACAGCAUUCCAUGUCACACGGAAGUGGAAGCCUAAGAAGGGACGGGAUCAUGGGGAGCAAAACCACAAGUCAUAGAUCACACAUUUGUGUGAAACCUUAGUGGAGUUCUAUGACUCUAGAAGUGCUGGAAGGGGGCACCUGGGUCGCUCAGUCAGUUAAGCGUCCGACUUUUGAUUUCAGCUCAGGUCACGAUCUCAUGGUUUGUGAGUUUGAACCCCGUGUCGGGCCCCGCGCUGACGGUGUGGCACCUACUUGGGGUUCUGUCUCUCCCAAUCUCUCUGCCCUUCCCCCUCAAAAUAAAUAAACUUAAAAAAAUGUUAUUAGAAGUGCUGGAAAGGAAGGUGCUCGAUUUCACCAAGCAGCAAUGGUGUGCCAAAUGCAGUGCUGCGCACAUUUCUAUUCUUCCUCACAAGCACCUUGACAAGUAUUCGGAUGAUGAAGCUGAAGCUCAGGGAGAUCACUUCACCAUCCCAAGGUCACACGCCGCAGUUGAAUGGCAGAGUAUUAAUGUGGACCUGGAUCCCUCUUAAGACAAUCCUCCGGCAGCCCUCCACCCCCAACACAAACACAACAACUUUAAUAUCCAGCAAUCUCUUACCAUAACUUUGGCCUUCAAAGACACCCUUUCUUUAGGUAGGGGCCAAGCAUGAAUUCCAGCUCGAUGUAUCCCAUUCCACUGCUCAGCAUUGCUUCCCAAAUCCAGCCCCAUGUGGGAAAUUAAGUUCACAGUGACUGAUAGAUAAUCCCAUUCCCUACUCUAGCUUUUGUCCAAAGGCCUGAACCACUGAUGAAGUCGAGGACUGUACACCAAGGGCAUGGAAGAUGUUUCUAAGCACCUAAGUUAAGGACUCACUGCAGGCAGAGGCUGAAAUGUAGCACAGAGUAGGUGGACAAGGAAGUCCCUUAGUUCACUUGCCCCCAGAGACAAAAUUCGGUGGCAAAUGGAAGCCCCGGGAAGAAUUUCCCACCUAGUUCUGUGACCGACUAGAGACAACCCUUGGCGAAGGGCCAUAUACAGAGGAUCCAAGUGAGAACAGUCAAUCCAGGCACCUUUCUUUGAAGUGGGAUUAGUUGGAGAACAGGUAUCAGGAAGGGGUGGAACCCCUCCCCCAUCACCCCACCUUCCCCCCUCCCCCAAAAAAACCAGUAAGACAUGAUAGCAGAUGAUUUCCCUGAGCCUGGAGACCCAGGCUACGUGAAUAGCCUUUAACAGAAAAAUGUCUCCCGGACUAAAAUCUGAGUUCAGGUAUGGGUUUCUGUUACAAACCCAGAAACCACUGCCCAUUCAGAGCUCACAUUCUGGAAGAUAAGAUUAUUUCUCUUUUGUUCCCUAAAUUUAAAAUUCAUUCCCAGAGCCAUAGAAUGACAUGGAAGGACUCACAUAAUUUUAUGGUCUUUCAAAAGGAUCAUUUUAAUGGGACAGUAAAACUUCACACAUUCAACACCUCAUUAAUUCCCAGACGAGUUUGAAAAUUUUGGUAUAACUCGAGAUUUCAGUGUGCAAGGUACACAUAUAAUUUGGGACUGUUUUGAAUCCAAAUUUUUCAUCAAUUUGCUUCAGUUUUAGCUAGUGCUAUUGACAUAUUGAUAUUGAUAAUGAAUAACAUUAGGAAAGUGAAAUUGAUUUAAAAACAAUUUUUUCCCCUCUGUAAUCUGGCCUUGACUGAUUCAAACAUAACCUUUCUUGCAUCCAAGUUGGCAGAGUUUGGGGUAAUAAAAUUUGUUGAAAGGGUUGAUUCGGUGAGUUGUAAAAAUACAUGGCACAAACUUCUUUAUGUCAUUUUCUGUUUUGUUUUAAAUAUUAGACUUAUAUUUUGUAAAUUAUAAUUGUACUUGUUACUAUUAACUGUAAAUAUUUAUUGCAUCAAAAAUGUGCUCUGUGUUAAAGAAGUGAGAACAAAUUCCAGGUGUGGUACUUAGUAUAAAUAAUGUCAUGGCUUGGCUUUGCCUAGACUCGUUAGACUAAUGAAUUAUUUAUAAGAAAUUCACAAUAUUAAUAUGAAUGAUUCAGGUCCUUUUAAAUGUGCAAACUGUGUGACCAUGUAAAAUUCUGUGAAGUGUGCUCAUUGAUUGUAUUCUUAUUUUUCAAGAAAUGUUUCCAAUGCUUCUAUUACAUUGUACAUGGUCUGCGUGACAUUAACUCAAAGCCAGUAUAGUAAGCUGAAUAUUUAAGUCAUAGAAUGUAAGAAAUGUGUUUUAUUUCUUAAUACAAUAAAGCAUAAUUUAUGAAAUGGA